CGAAAACUUUUCCUAAGUCGAACCUUUUUUCUACACAUACAAUGGAGUUUGAUGCUAUUUUUAAAGAGAUUGGCGAAUUUGGUCUGUACCAGAAAAGGAACUACUUUUAUAUACUGUUUGCCUGGAUCAUAACAGGACCGAUAAUGGUUCUCUCUGUGUUCGUCAUGGGCUCGCAAGAUUACAGAUGUCAUAUUCCUGGUCUUCAAAACGAUUCAUAUGCAGUUCAAGGAAAACAGCACACGGAUCUCAUUCACAAGUUUAUUCCUCUGGACAGUGAUGGGGAAUAUGACAAAUGCUACCUGUAUAACAUCGACCGAUCAAAAGCAGUGUUUGACAACGAAAGCCGACCAAUUAAUGCAUCUAAAAUAAAAUGUUCUGCCUGGGUUUAUGACCAAACUUUGUUUCACCAAACAUUCGUAAUGAAGGAAAACCUGGUGUGUGACAACAAAUACAAAGUAUCGCUAUCUAAGACCAUAUUCUUUGCUGGCGUUUUGAUUGGCUCUUUUCUCUUUGGAAUGUGUUCGGACCUGUUUGGACGUCGGAAAACCUUGUUGUUUUGUAUAGCCUUUGAGCUGGCAUCUACUCUGGCCCUGGCGUGGUCCUUCAACUAUGUGAUCUACGUCGUAUUUAGUUUCUGUUCAGGUGCAGCGUGUGUUGGCGUAUUCAUGACGACGUUUGUCCUAGCCAUGGAGUGGGUUGGACCAUCACAGAGAACAAAUGCAGGUCUAGUUCUAGGUUUUACUUCACCAUUAGGUGGACUUUACCUGGAGCUGAUCGCAUAUUUCACCAGGGACUGGUUUUGGACAGUUAUUGGAUCAGCAGUUCCAUUCGCACCUCUUUUCAUUUUAUAUUGGUUUCUUCCUGAGUCUCCACGUUGGUUGUAUGGUGCAGGGAAAAAGGAAGACGCGUGUAAAUUGUUGGUGAAAGCUGCAAAAUAUAACGGAAAAGAGAUCUCUUCUAAACUUUUUGACGAUGUUGAUUUGGGGCCAAAACAGACAGGAAAAAUAUGGAUGUUAUUUUCUGACCGACGCCUGGGCGUUCGAACGGUCAUCAUUUUCUAUAACUGGAUGGUAGCUAGUAUGGUGUUUUAUGGUUUAUCGCUGAAUACCGGAAUUCUCUACGGAGAUUAUUACAUCAACUUUCUUCUUGUUACCCUUGUGGAGUUCCCAGGAAAUGUAAUACCUUUACCCAUGAUUGAGAGGCUCGGCAGGAUAAAGAGUCAUUUUAUCUACAUGGGAUUUGGUGGCCUAGCAUGUCUGAGCACUAUUCUUACCGUCAACUAUGUCGGAAAAGACCUGCAGUAUAUAACUACAGCUCUAGCGAUGCUGGGGAAACUGUUUGCUACUGCGGCCUUUGCCACUAUCUAUGUGCUGUCUGCCGAGCUGUUCCCUACUGCUAUCAGAAACAUUGGGAUGGGCUCCAGCUCCUGCUGGGCUCGCGUGGGUGCAAUGAUCUCUCCCUUUAUUGCUGACACGGCUGAUUUGGUUAGAGGAACAGCAGGGACAGCCAUACCUCUGUCCAUAUUUGGAGGAGCUUGUCUCUUUGCCGCCGGGCUAACAUUGAUUCUUCCUGAAACGCUUCAUCAGUUGCUACCAGAAACUAUUGAGGAUGGAAAAAUUUUCACAACGAAGGAGUAUAAAGAGAAAUCUAAGAGAUACUUUCAAGAAAUCCGAGACAUCAUAGUCACCAAGUUUUAAGAAGUAUCUUCCAAGCAGUUUUCUAAACAAAAUAAUGUUAAAAUUACCAUCGAGAUCGACAAUAUUUCUCUGUAAAACCUCCGUUCAAAAAUAUUUCCUAAGUUUUCCUUAACUAUUUUUCAACCGAUGUCAAAAUAUAUCAUCGAUAUCUGCUGACAUGGAGUUAAUAAACUGCGUCAAGGAAU